AUUGGAGUAAAUUUAGUCCAUACAUACUGUAUGUUGGGAUGGGACCCAAAGAAGUUUGAUCUCUCGUGUAAGAAUUUCAUACCAUACUGCCCUACCUAUAUAUACCCAAUUCCCCCAAAGAUCAAAAGCCAACAGUCAUUCCUCCUUUUCCUGAUUUUCGCUUUGUAUUCAACAAGAAAUGAAAGUACCCUUUCCUCCAAACAACUCAAAACCAUUCAAUUUCACCAUCACCACCACUCACACCACCACUUUUCCGGCCCCCUACGAGCCCAAAUCUGUUCUUGACCUCCGCCGAAGCCCCAGCCCGGUUGCAGACAAGCCCGUUUCCACGGGUCCUCUUCCAGUACUGGAAGAAGCUGAUCAUGAACUGAUCAACCAACAUUUGGAAGGUUGGGAUUCUUUGAUGAGAGAGUUGGGUUUGCAUGACGAUUCUCCCCCUGAUUCCAAGCCUGUUAAUAUUCCGUGUACCACUCUGCCGGAGUUGCCGCCGGUUACCAGCUCCUUUGAUAAUCAGUUUGUUUCGGCUGAUUUCGGUCUUUUCUCCGAUAUUCCGCCCGCAUAUACCACUACUACACCUCUGAACCAUAACUCCGACGCCAUCAGCUCAUUUGAGGGUCUCUCCGGCGACUUCAACGGCGGCGGAGCGGGCAACUGGAACGUGGGCUUCGACUACGUCGACGAGCUAAUUCGACUGGCGGAGUGCUUCGAAACCAACUCGUUGCAACUCGGGCAUGUGAUAUUGGCACGGCUCAAUCAACGCCUUAGCUCUCCCACCGGAAAGCCCCUCCAACGGGCUGCCUUCUAUUUCAAAGAAGCCCUUCAGUCCCUGCUCGCCGGCUCAACUCUGCCGGAUCACCGGCCCGUAAGCUCUUCGGAGAUCGUUCAAACCAUUAAAGCCCAGAAGACCUUCUCAAGCAUCUCCCCAGUCCCCAUGUUCUCCAGCUUCACGGCUAACCAAGCCGUGCUUGAAGCCUUAGAAGGCUCGACGAAUGUCCACAUCAUCGACUUCGACAUAGGACUCGGCGACCAGUGGGCUUCCUUCAUGAAGGAGCUCGCUGAUAGAGCCGCCUCGCGUAGAGCGGCGGCGCCGGUGCUACGGAUAUCGGCUCUGGUUUCAGAAGAACACGAAAAAGAAUCCAGGCUGAUCAGAGAAAACUUGGCUCAGUUCGCAAGGGAGCUGAAUAUUAGGUUUCAUAUUGACUUUGUGUUGAUACGAAGCUUUGAGUAUCUCUCUUUUAAAGCGAUUAAGUUCAUCGACGGUGAAAAGGUGGCGGUUCUGAUAUCUCCAGCAAUACUCCGCCGUGUGGGAACGGGGUUCUUGAGCGAUCUCCGCCGCGUUUCGCCACGGGUGGUGGUGCUCGUUGAUGUGGAAGGGCUGAAGGAUUUUGGGACUUGGUCGCACCGGCAGGCUGUGAUCGACGGGCUGGAGUUCUACUCCACUCUCUUGGAAUCCUUGGAAGCAGCUAAUUUUAACGGGGAUGGUGAUUGGAUGAGGAGGAUCGAGACGUUCGUGCUGUUUCCUAAAAUCAUGGAGGUGGUGAAGGCGGCGGGUCGGCAGAGGACGCCGUGGAGGGAGGCUCUGGCGGGGGCGGGGUUAAGACAGGUGGGGCUGAGCCAAUUUGCAGAGUUUCAGGCAGAGUGUUUACUGAGGAGAGUACAAGUCCGAGGAUUCCACGUUGUCAAACGACAGGCAGAGAUGUCGCUUUGCUGGCACGACAGGCCAAUUGUUGCCACGUCAGCCUGGAGAUAUUAGGAAAAGCAUAAUAACUGUGUCGCAAUUUUGGACCUUUAAAGUCGUAAUUGAGUUGGGGUUAGGAAUUUUAGUGUACUUCCUCAACCCUUAAUCCUCAAAUCAAUCUAUAGUGUGUGUUCAUGUUUAGCUGGAAAUGAAGUAUAUUUUUCCACAUUAUUAGUACAACCUACGAGCCGGAGCUGGAGCCAAUGCCGGUCGCAAUAGCCCUACUGAAAUAGAAAGCGAACCACAAACACUGAUCAUACAAGUCUCCCACCCCUCAUGAAAUAUUAAUGCCCAAAAAACAAGCCCUUCACAACAGUCCCACUGAUCAUCAAGUCUUCCACCCCUCACGAAAUAUUAAUGCCCAAAAAACAAGCCCGUCACAACAGUCCCACCGGAAUACCCUCCGGACAAGAAACUAUAAUCGAUGACAAUGUUAAGAAUCUAUGUUAAGUUGUUUAUUCAAUUGAUCGAUUUUAUGAGAAGACACAUGUUCUACUUGAA